UACUUGUCACGCCAAAGCCAAGCCAAGCCAAGCGUGGAUAAGUCUGCCAUCGCUUUCUCGCGUGCCCAACGGACAAGAACGCUUCUGGAUGCACGCAAAUCCUCCCCAGAACCAAUCAAACAAACUCCGUUUCACACUCAGCCCGCCUUGGCCGAUACGCUUCAUAAAUUGAACACACACAAGAAGAGCAAGCAUAGCAGAAGACGCGAUUCGCCGCCCGUCUGUAAUCCAUCAGAAGUCAUUGCAGGGGGCCACAUGCGUCAGAACUCCUUGACGCCUAACGAUUCUUUAUAUGUAGGAGUUUCCUCCUUUCUAAUCUAGUGGAAGAAGAAGAUAAGGGGAAGAGAUGGGAAAGCUUUUGGAUCCAUUGUUCUUGGCACUCGUGCUGGUGCUGUCUCUUGCACCCAACGGGGCCGUUGCUCAAAUCCUUUUUCAGGGUUUUAAUUGGGAGUCAUGGAAGAAAGAAGGGGGAUGGUAUAACUUUCUGAAGGGCCAAGUAUCUGAUAUUGCCAAUGCUGGGGUUACGCAUGUGUGGCUCCCUCCACCCUCGCAUUCGGUGUCAGAACAAGGUUAUAUGCCAGGAAGGUUGUACGAUCUGAAUGUAUCGAAAUAUGGGAACCAAGACGAGCUGAAGUCACUGAUCAGUGCAUUCCAUGGCAAAGGAAUCAAAUGCGUUGCCGACAUUGUCAUCAAUCACAGAUGUGCAGAUAAAAUGGAUGGGAGAGGCAUAUAUUGUAUCUUCGAAGGUGGGACACCUGAUGACCGCCUCGACUGGGGCCCGACCAUGAUCUGCAGUGAUGAUACCAAAUACUCUGAUGGCACCGGUCACCCUGACACCGGUCUUGGUUUCGAUGCGGCGCCUGACAUCGACCACCUCAACCUAAGGGUCCAACAUGAGCUCUCCGAUUGGAUGAAUUGGCUCAAGAGCGACCUUGGUUUCGAUGGAUGGCGGCUUGAUUUUGCUAAAGGAUACUCAUCAGACAUUGCCAAGAUUUAUGUAGAUCAAACCACACCAAGUUUUGUGGUUGCAGAGAUUUGGAGCUCUUUAGCUUAUGGAAAUGAUGGCAAGCCAGCCUAUGACCAAAAUGCUCACCGCCAAGAGCUAGUUAAUUGGGUUCAAACAGUUGCUGGUCCAGCAACAGCUUUUGAUUUCACCACCAAGGGAAUACUACAAGCAGCAGUGCAAGGAGAGCUGUGGAGGAUGCGUGAUUCCAAUGGAAAGGCAUCUGGGAUGCUUGGAUGGUGGCCAGAGAAGGCGGUCACAUUCAUCGACAACCAUGAUACUGGUUCGACGCAGAGGUUAUGGCCUUUUCCUUCUGAUAAGGUCAUGCAAGGCUAUGUUUACAUUCUCACUCACCCAGGGAUCCCCAGCAUUUUCUAUGAUCAUUUGUUUGAUUGGGGUUUCAAGGAGCAGAUCAGUGAGUUGGCAACAAUCAGGUCCAGGAAUGGGAUUCAUCCAGGUAGCUCAUUGCGCAUCAUAGUUUCCGACAGUGAUCUCUAUGUAGCGGCAAUUGACGAGAAGAUUAUUGCAAAGAUCGGACCAAGAUAUGAUGUCGGGAAGGUUGUUCCUUCGAACUUUCAGAUUGUUGCCUCUGGUAAUGACUACUGUGUAUGGGAGAAGAGGUGAUUACGGUGGUUUCCGAGGAGUGCACUAUUAUGAUUGUCAAGAACUGCCAUUGAGCUAGAAAAGGCACGUUCCCUAAUAAGAAGCCAGAGUAUCGGACAAUAUAUGGUUCGGUUGGCUGACCUUAUUCAGCCUUUGCAUAUGCCUAAGUACCAUGAUUUUGCACUUUAAUGAAGGAUGGGCUGUGUAUCAAAUAUCUAUAUUUCUUAGUGAACAUCUCACGUUAAAUGCAAUGCGCAAAACCCUUUA